AGCAGACGACAAAGUAUAUACGUCUCAUAUUAUUACCGCCUGAAUAAAUUUAGUGUAAUGUAGCCAGUAUGGUAACGUUAGGUUUUCACUCGCUGCAAACUUCCUUUUCCGGUUUUUAGCUGAUAUCAACACACAAGAUGUUGAUGCCCAAGAAGAACCGCGUGGCCAUCUAUGAAUAUUUGUUCAAGGAAGGUGUGCUUGUAGCCAAGAAGGACUUCUCAGCCCCAAAACACAGUGAAAUUGAUGUGCCCAACCUUCAUGUGAUCAAAGCCCUGACUUCCCUGAAGUCUCGUGGCUUUGUCACUGAACAAUUUGCCUGGAAACACUUCUACUGGUACCUGACCAAUGAGGGGAUCCAGUACCUGCGUGACUUCCUCCACCUGCCUGCGGAGAUUGUGCCCGCUACCCUGAAGAGACAGACCCGUCCAGAGACUUCACGACCCCGGCCUAAGGAGUCCUACGGAGAGGGUGGACAGAGAGGCCCGGCCCAGGACAGACAGGAAUACAGACGUGCUGCUGGCGCCCCAGCUGGCGGUGACAAGAAAGCAGAGGCUGGUGCUGGAGGAGGAGAAUUCUCCUUUAGAGGCGGUGCUGGCAGGGAGGGUGGUCGUGGUGGAGGUCCCGGGGGGCGUGGUGGCGGUGGGUUUGGCCGUGGCCGUGGGGGAGGCUUUGGAGCACCACCCCCUGCCGUUGGAGCUGGACAGUAAUUUAUUGGUCCUGUAUAUACAAGCUAGAAAAAAUAAAGAGAAAAAAAAACACCAA